UACAGUUGAUCAAUUGACACAAAGUUGAUUAAUCGACUUAUUUUCGUUGGCUUUCUGUUGUGAAAGACGUGUUCUGCGCAAUUCGAAAUACCCCUACGGUCUGACCGUGUUUUUCUUUAAAGUUCGUAAAAGGCUUAAAUACGAUUUGCCAAGAUGACGAAGUUAAUACAACAGUUAAAUUUUAGUAGUAGUAAUUACUAUGACGUCGCUGGUGUUCUCAUUGAACCCAACGCUGCGAAAACUAAAAAGUACUGUGGUGAUGACGCCUCCCUGAGCAGCUCCCUGGCGGGCAGCAAGCGCUCCGCUUUGUCGGCUUCGGACGCCGAGUGCUUCUCGCUCUGCCUGGGUGCCGGGCCUCUGUGGUGGUCCGAUGUCCCUGCUCACGACACAGCCCCGCCCGGAGGGGUAGGCAGCGGGGCCUCGAGCCCCGCUACCCCGUCCACCCCCACACACGACGACAACAACCGCGACUUGUUGAGCACGUUACUAUGGUCAAGCGCAAGUUCCCUCAGCAACAGCGAGGAGAGCCUCGCGUCGGACGUGCACCCGCUGGUGUUGCCCGAGCAGCGAGAAGCGACCAUCCGCAAGAUCUUGGAGCGCAAAGACGCGAAGGCGGUGAAGAUUGACUUCAAAAUAUAUCUCACCGAGAACACGCUGACUCGCUGGGAAGCUGUGGUGAAAGGCAACACCAUGUACCUGCGUGUGCCCGGCGUGCUGCAGUCCGGUAGCAAGGAGAGUUUCAUGCUUCUACUGGACUUCGCCGAGGAGAGGCUGCGAUGCUCCAACUGCAUAAUCUGCGUGCUGAAAUCCCGCGCCGAUCGGGCAACACUGCUCCGCACCUUCAUGUUCAUGGGCUUCCAGCUGCUCCCGCCCAACUCACCCCUAGCCGCCGAAAUAGCCAACCCCGCAUACGUGUUCCUGCACUAUAACAUGCAGUGACCGCCAGGUUUAUUGUCUAUGAUGCUACCUGUGUACACAGAUUAUGGAUCGGACCAUAGAUUUUCCUGUGGGUUAGUUAUUACUCCCUAAUUUAACAAUGUUGAAUAUUCGUUUUACAUCACAUGCGUAAAUAGUACAGACUUGUCUUUAAAAAGAUUCUUUAUGACGCGUAAAGUUCAACGAUACCUUAGUCAAACUGGCUCAAUUAUAAUAAUUUGAACUUUUUUAUAAAUGGAACACGUAUUUAAAAUGGGAAGUUUAUAAAUCUGGUUCGAUACGUAGUCUGUACACGGUCUAUGGUUUCGGUUUCGCAUUCGAAUAUUGUUUUUUAAAUUUGGAACUCGUAGAUUCGUAUCGAGGAUAGCGUAGAUUUGAUAUUUUAAAUUUAGAACGAAUAGUCGGACCUGGCAAUGCUGCGGACGUGACGGCACACAGUAUUUCUUCACUUUCAGCACGUCAGUAUUUAAAUAUUCAAAUUUGGAACACGCUGUCACAAAAGCGGAUUCAGUAUUUGCACAUAUAAUCGCUUACAUAGUUUUCGGUAUCAACAAGCCUUAGUAUUUAGAUUAGUUGUAUGGUGAACUUUGGAUUUUAUUGUUUUGUUUACUUCGUAAUAUAAACAAUAAGGUUGAAAGUCUAGACGCUCUAGGAUUUCAGCUUUGGAUUUCAUUCAAAACUGCGAUUGUAGAUUUGUAUUUAUAAGUUAUGUCGUCGUGUUUAUUCCCUCUCCGGGUUAGAGCAACCGAAUAAAAGUUAAAAAAAAAAACAAAAAAAUCUCAAAAUAAAAAAUGCAAAAAAAAUAUGUUUGUAACAUACCUACUUUUCAUUAUUUUUAUGUUAAGCAGAUUUAAGUAUACUUAGAUAAGUUUUGAUUAUUUCACAUUUGGUAACUUUGUGUAUGAAUACAGGUUAUUUUAAUAUUC